AAAGUACCAGUUUUUACCGCUGAGAGCGCUGCCCGUUUCCGCCAUAGCCUUUUCCGAGCGGUGUGAAAAUCGGGCAAGAUGACCGAAGGAACUGUUUCAAUUCGGACUAGAAAGUUCAUGACCAACCGGCUACUAUGCCGGAAACAAAUGGUCGUGGAUGUCCUACAUCCUGGUCAACCUUCGGUCCGCAAGACAGAAAUUCGUGAGAAGCUUGCCAAGAUGUACAAAGUAACGCCAGACGUUGUUUUUGUAUUUGGAUUUCUUACAAAUUUUGGAGGUGGCAAAUCUACAGGGUUUGCGUUACUUUAUGAUACUUUGGACUAUGCUAAGAAAUUUGAACCCAAGUACCGAUUGGCUAGGCACGGUCUUCAUGAAAAACAGAAGCAAACUAGAAAACAACGUAAGGAACGUAAAAACAGAAUGAAGAAGGUCAGAGGUACUAAGAAGAGCAAAGUAGGAGCUGCGUCUAAAAAGUAAAAACAAACACAACAUGAAGACCACAAUUUGUACAUCGGCGUAAAAAUUAUUGUAAUGUAUUGUCAUGGAUUGGUGAUAUUUAUAAUAAAUUUUACGCACAA